GUCCAAUAUUCGCUGUGUAGUUCUUUUCCUCCGAGUCUGAGAGCCCUAAACAGUUCGAGAUCCCUCUCUCUCUCUCUCUCUCUCUCUCUCUCUCUCUUCCCCCUUCCUCAACCUCGACUAAAAGCGGCAGCAGAAGUGGGGGGGCUGAUCGAAGAUAAAAAAGGAUGGAUGUGAUAAAGACGCAGCAGAUAUCUAGUCGUCCGAUCGAGAAGGUGAUCGUCCACCCCCUCGUCCUCCUCAGCAUCGUCGACAACUACAAUCGCGUUGCUCGUGACACCCGCAAGCGUGUCAUCGGCGUCCUCCUCGAGGAUGCAAUUUUGCUUUUUGAUGAAGGAGGAUAAAUUCAAGUCUUUUUUUUUUAAUUCUUUCCGCCAAUUUAUGCAGUGCCUUUCGAAGAAGAUGAGAAAGAUCCGAGCAUCUGGUUCCUCGACCACAAUUACCAUGAGUCAAUGUUUUCCAUGUUUAAAAGAAUAAAUGCAAAGGAGCAUGUUGUUGGUUGGUACAGCACAGGUCCUAAACUUCGGGAGAAUGAUUUGGAUGUGCAUGCGUUGUUCACCGAUUAUGUUCCUAAUCCUGUUUUGGUUAUUAUUGACGUCCAACCUAAAGAGCUUGGUAUACCUACAAAAGCAUACUAUGCUGUUGAAGAGGUCAAAGAGAAUGCCACUCAGAAAAGUCAGAAGGUGUUUGUGCAUGUACCUUCAGAAAUUGCUGCUCAUGAAGUCGAGGAAAUUGGAGUUGAACAUUUGCUGAGAGAUGUCAAGGAUACAACCAUUAGUACUCUUGCAACAGAGGUUACUGGUAAACUUGCAGCCUUGAAAGGUCUGGAUGCAAGACUUCGCGAGAUACGGUCCUAUCUUGAUCUUGUUAUCGAAGGAAAACUUCCCUUAAAUCAUGAGAUUCUGUACCACUUGCAGGAUGUAUUUAAUCUACUUCCAAACCUUAAUGUGAGCGAACUAAUCAAGGCUUUCUCAGUGAAAACGAAUGACAUGAUGCUAGUGAUUUACCUUUCUUCUCUCAUACGGAGUGUCAUUGCACUUCACAACUUGAUAAAUAAUAAAAUGUUAAACAAGGAACAUGAGAAAGCUGAGGACGCGAAGCCUAUGCCUUCACCUGCUACAGCAGGAAGUUAAGUUAAUCGUUCUUGGCUUUGAUUCCCGCUAUGCCAGUUUGAGGUCAGUGGUCGCCACAAUAGUUCCAGAGUUACAAGGUGGCAUUGGCUGUUGAUCACAAAGGAUGAGGAGAGCAGGGGGUCUCUAAUGAACUUCAGUCUUAAUUUCCCCCUCUUGCUAUCCUCAUAGCUGGAGAUCUUGUUGUUAGCUAUUUAUUUUCUUAGGAGGUGGACAAUUGGCGAUGUAAUACAUGUGUUAGAUGAUUAUUAUUUUUAUCAAGUACUGAUGAAUAGUGAAAGAUGGUGUGAUGUCGGAAAAGGGAAAGGAAAUGCUGGUUGAAUUGAAGAAAGAUGAUCUUAUUUCACCAUCUUGCCUGCUAUGCUUA